AUGUCAGCAAAAACGACAUCGUUUAAGCUCGACCUGUUCGUCUCGAUGUUUACGCUUUGAUUAGUUACUAUUUUUCUGCAAUUCUGUUUCUUCUCUGUACAUCACCAACAACAUUUAAAUUCCAAUGGCGCAUUUUAAAUGUCAAUAAUAAAUCGAGAUCCGUAAUUUCGAAGCUACAAGCAAACCUUCUUGUGCUUCUCUAAUCAUUGCGUUUUCCUUUUAAAGAGUUUCUCAAAGUUUUCCCUUUUUUUUGGGCAUAAAAUUGUUUCCUUUUCCUCCUAUCAGUGUGUCUGAAAAAAAUUCAAUGUCUUUAUGUUCUGUUCUUUUCUGAUCUCUCUGAAUCUCUCUCUAUCGCGACAGCCAUGGCCGAAGACCCUUCUUUCCUCCCCAAGGAUGGUUUUGUCUUGAAGCUUCCUAAAAAGUCAUCACUUGUAUUGAGAAUGGUCGUUCUCCUCUUUGUAAUGGUCUGUGCUGUGUACAUUUGCUCCAUUUGUCUUAAGCAAAUAGGAGUUAGUCCAAACUAUGGUUUCUUGAACGUUGAAGUGUUUGAGAGGCCUUGUCCUGAGCCUAACAUCGAACCGUGGGACAUUCCUUUUGUGCAUUACCCUAAACCAAAGACAUAUAACAGGGAUGAAUGUUCUUGCCACCCGGUUAGGUACUUUGCGAUUCUAUCGAUGCAGAGAUCUGGUAGUGGCUGGUUUGAGACUUUGUUAAACAAUCAUACUAACAUAAGCUCCAACGGGGAGAUAUUUUCUGUGAAAGAUAGGAGGGCUAAUGUUUCCACCAUUUUCGAGACUCUUGACAAAGUCUAUAAUCUAGACUGGUUGAGUAGUGCCUCUAAGAACGAGUGCACUUCCGCUGUUGGCUUCAAGUGGAUGCUUAAUCAGGGUCUAAUGAAACAUCAUGAAGAAAUAGUAGAAUACUUCAAAACCCGAGGCGUCUCUGCGAUUUUCCUAUUCAGAAAAAACCUAUUGCGCCGCAUGAUAUCAGUACUCGCAAACUCUUAUGACAGAGAUGCUAAGCUACUAAACGGGACUCACAAGUCUCACACCCAUUCGGCCAAAGAAGCUGAGAUAUUAGCAGGUUACAAACCAAUGAUCAACACAACACUUUUAAUAAAUGAGCUGAGACAGAUUCAAGAAAUGACUUUGAAAGCUUUGACUUACUUCAAUACCACUCGACAUAUCCUUGUCUACUACGAAGAUGUUGUCAAGAACCUCACGAGACUAGACGAUGUACAGGAGUUUCUAAAGGUACCAAAACGUAAGUUAAAGAGUAGGCAAGUGAAGAUUCAUGGAGGUUCAUUGUCAAAACAUGUACAGAAUUGGGAAGAGGUCAUGACCACACUUAAAGGAACCAAUUUCGAAAAUUUCUUACACCAAGAAUUUUAAUUUUUUUUUGUAUAUAUCAGACCAAACAAACCCUUGUAGGAAAGUUUUGUUUCACUUGCCUUUUUUCUUUUUUGCUGUUUGCUGUAGGGUUUGGCAUUAAUUCUCUUAAAUAUGAAGAAGAUUUAAACAAAAUUUCGUUGAAAAUUGUUUCUUCC